AUGGAUUCCGAGUUUGAGAAUCAGUGUUUAGAACAAGAAGAAAAUGAAGAGUACGAGGAAACAGAGUCAUCGUCAGUGCAAGAGAAAAAUAAUGAUGGCGAAACCACUAAACAACUCUCACCUCGGGAGGUAAAUACAAUUUUUAAUUCUGAAACUGAAGUAUGUGAAUAUUAUAGACAGUAUGGUCUACAGAAUGGGUCUGGAAUUAUGAUCAGAAACACGAGAAAAAUUGAUGGGGUUAAUACAUAUCUAACAGUUGCUUGUCAUCGUUAUGGUGAACCAAAUCAAAAAGUGGUGGAUAGCUUAAAACCCAAACCAGUUGUGAAAACAAAUUGUAAAGCAAGAGUUUGUGCGAAAAGGAUGGACGAGGAUAAUAAAUGGCAUGUGACUCAAUUUGAUAAUAAGCACGAUCAUGAUUUGAGUCCAAGCAAAGCACAUCGUUUUCGAUGUAAUAGGAAAUUGACUAAACAUGCAAAGAGAAGUCUUAAUUUAUAUGAUGAAGCUGGUAUUCCGAUGAAUAAGAGUUACAACGCUCUUGUGGUUGAACAUGGAGGUCACAAGAAUAUGCCUUUUAGUAAAAAAGAUUGUGAGAAUUAUAUGAGAGAAAUAAGAAAACUGAGGUUGGCUAAGGGUGAUGCUGUUGCGCUACAAAAUUAUUUUAACAAAGCCCAGUCUAUAGAUUCCCAUUUUUAUUACUCAAUAGAUCUUGAUGAUGAAAAUAGGAUAAAAAAUUUAUUUUGGGCUGAUGCACGAUGUAGAGCAACAUAUAAAGAAUUUGGAGAUGUCGUGGCAUUUGAUACGACAUACUUGACCAACAAAUAUGAUAUGCCAUUCGCGCCUUUUGUAGGUGUUAAUCAUCAUGGUCAGUCAAUUUUACUUGGUUGUGGUUUAGUUUCAAAUGAAGACACGAUAACAUUUGUGUGGUUAUUUCGAACUUGGCUCACCUGCAUGUUUGGUAAUCCUCCUAAUGCUAUAAUAACUGAUCAGGAUAGAGCAAUGCAAAAUGCAAUUGAGCAAGUUUUUCCUAAGGCACGUCAUAGAUGGUGUUUAUGGCACAUUAUGAAAAAGAUUCCUGAAAAAUUGAAAGGGUAUAAGGAAUACGAUUCAAUAAAGUUUCAGCUACAAAAUGUUGUAUAUGAUUCCAUUGAUAUUGAUACUUUUGAAAUUGGAUGGAGUUCCAUGAUUUCAAAAUUCAAUUUGGAAAACAAUGAUUGGCUUAAUGGAUUGUAUGAGGGAAGACAUAGAUGGAUCCCAUGUUUUGUGAAAGAUUGUUUUUGGGCAGGAAUGUCCACUACACAAAGAAGUGAAAGUAUGAAUGCUUUUUUUGAUGGAUAUGUUAAUGCUAAAACAUCUUUAAGAGAAUUUGUGGAAAAGUAUGAUAAUGCUUUAAAAGAUAAAGUGGAAAAAGAAGUUAAUGCUGAUACUCGCUCAUUAAGUACUACAAUUCCCUGUGUUACUCCUCAUGCUAUGGAAAAACAAUUUCAAGAGAAUUAUACCAAUGACAAGUUCAAAGAGUUUCAAAAAGAGAUUGUAAAUGUAAAGUAUUGUGAAUGCAUGAUGUUACAGUCCGAUGAGGCUAUUUUUAAUUAUCAAGUGGAAGAGAUCCAGUAUGUAGGUGAUUCUCAAACUCUAAGAACUGUAAAAUACAAUGUUGUUUUCAUUAAAGAUAUGGAACUUGAGUAUGAGGUAAAAUGUGAAUGUCGUCUUUUUGAGUUUCGGGGAAUAAUAUGUAGACAUAUCAUCAAGGUGCUUCUUUUCAAGCAAAAUGUUUUUACUAUUUCAAGUAAAUACAUUUUAAAAAGGUGGAGAAAGAAUGUAAAGCGAUGUCAUAGUAGAACUAAGGUGACAUAUAGUACAUGGAAAGAUACUGAGGAAAAAAGGAUGUAUGAAAUGGUUUGUGAUGCAUUCUAUAGAAUUGUUGAUUUGGCGGCUGAAAAUUUAGAGAGAUGCAACCACUUAGUUGGUACAUUUAAAAAACUAGAGUUGGAAUGGGAUACUAAUGAUAAAGGUUGUUCCACAAGUAUUGUAACUAAACCAGAAUACUUUGUUAAAAUACUUAUGGUUAACGUUGCCUGA